AAGCAGAGGAGAGAGCGUGAAACAAAGCAGUCGGAAUUGGACUUGGGAGGCGCGGUGUGGAGUGAGGGGAAACCACUUGUUAGAAGGGGAGCAAGCCAGCUCUCAGCUCUAGCUCUCCACGUCUGCGCUUCGCCUUCAGAGGGCUUCCACCGGCCUUGUGGUUUAUUUUUAUACCUGAUUUUUUUUUUACAAUAUAUAUAGAGAAUAUAUAUAUAUAUAUUUCCUUCUAAGAGAAAAAUUCCUGUUCCAAGAGAAAAUAAGGCAAGAUCAAUGAAGGAGAGAAGAGCCAGCCAAAAAUUAUCUAGUAAAUCUAUCAUGGAUCCUAAUCAGAACGUGAAAUGCAAGAUAGUAGUGGUGGGAGACAGCCAGUGUGGGAAAACCGCUCUGCUCCACGUCUUCGCCAAGGACUGCUUCCCGGAGAAUUACGUCCCGACGGUGUUCGAGAAUUACACGGCCAGUUUUGAAAUCGACACACAGAGAAUAGAAUUGAGCCUGUGGGACACUUCGGGUUCACCUUACUAUGACAAUGUCCGGCCCCUCUCUUACCCAGACUCAGAUGCUGUGCUGAUCUGCUUUGACAUCAGUAGACCCGAGACUCUGGACAGUGUCCUCAAAAAGUGGAAAGGUGAAAUCCAGGAGUUUUGUCCUAACACAAAAAUGCUCUUGGUUGGCUGCAAAUCUGAUCUUCGGACAGAUGUUAGUACAUUAGUGGAGCUCUCAAAUCAUCGACAGACACCAGUGUCCUAUGACCAGGGGGCAAAUAUGGCCAAACAGAUCGGAGCAGCAACUUACAUUGAAUGCUCGGCAUUACAGUCAGAAAAUAGCGUUAGAGACAUUUUCCACGUUGCCACCUUGGCAUGUGUAAACAAGACAAAUAAAAAUGUUAAGCGGAACAAGUCACAGAGGACCACAAAACGGAUUUCACACAUGCCCAGCCGACCAGAACUCUCUGCAGUAGCUACAGACUUACGAAAGGACAAAGCAAAGAGUUGCACUGUGAUGUGAAUCUUUGGUCACCUUUAAUAUGGACAUGGAAACCUAGUGUAAAGAAAAAUAAGAGGAAAAAAAUCACCUAUGGCAAAGCAACAACAUGAGGCCUGAGUAAAAUUCACAGCCAAAGUCACACAUGCUGGAGGUUUAGGAGGCAUUGGCAAGGAUGCUCGUCUUUCUGGAGUUCUGUCCUUAGGUUCGACACGUAGAACAGGUGGUGAGAAGUGUGUAGGACAUUGAAGAGUUUUGGAAGUGUGACUUGGAAAAAAAUGCCAAAAAGAAGAGAUUCAAAUGGGCUGGAGAGAGACAAGGAAUGAGGCGAGUACCUCAAAGAAGAAGAAGAAGAAGAAAACCCUGCUCUGAGUGGUGCUUGCUUUUAUUAUUGUUGUUGUUUGUUUUUGUUUUCUGUUACAAUCUAUCCUGGAUCUCUACUUUGAUUUAAUUGCAAAUGUUUUAAUCUCCUUUACGAAAAGUAUAUAUGAAUAUACUGUCCUCGUUGGGGAACUGGCACUGUGACCUUAGCAUUUAGUUUUCUAGAGGAUGGGAUCUAAUUUCCUCCGAGCUCAUCACAUUAAGAUGGAAAUUGUAUCAGGACCCACGGGAUCAGCAGAGGAAAAAUUUGGGAAGCUUUGAAGUCAUGCCUUCCUGAAGAGAGCUGAGUGAGGUGGUUUUAAAGAAAGGCCUUUGCAGUCUGGCAAGAUAUGCAGACCAGCACUACAGAGAUGAAAUAGAUCAGAUAGGAAAAAAACAAAUGUCUGGUGUUUUUUUUUUUUUUUAUUGAGUCUGAUGGUUCUGUUGCUCAUUGUGAUUGUCAUUAAGAAGUGGUAAAUUACUCAAUGUUAUAUUUUUGUGUGCUGUUUAGAAAAGAGAAUGUGUGACUUUUUUUUUUUUGCCACCAUUGAUGAAAAUGCAGUCAAAUAAAAGGUGUCUUGGUUUGAUGUGCUAGAAUGAUCCAAGGGGGAAAAUAAUAUAGGAACACCUGUAGAGAUGAUGGAUGAAGGAGGAGUAGCAGAAAGCACAGUGUGUGAGGUAAGCUGUUCUGGGGUUAAAUCACUAAUAGUAUAAGCAAGAGGUCUAAUAUUUGAGAAGGAGGUUCAGAAGUUGGCAACGCCUCAUGGUCUUUUUGUUUAUUCACUUUCUUGGAAUAGACCUCACUGAAGAGAUGGACCCUGUUGCCCAAGCGUUACAGAGUCCUUAGUGGAAAUGUAUGUGGUGUCAGUUUUGACAUUGUUAUUAAGGUGUCUCUAGAGAUUGAUUGCUAAACUUGACUUCACCCAAUUCAGCGAAGACCUGUGCUAAAGAAUUGAUUAUUGUUGUUACUUAAAGUUAUCAGCAGUGAAAAUAGUUUACAGAUAGUUUCUUGGCCAGUUCACCUAUUAAGCUUCUUUCAGAGGAGAAACCAGAUCUCACCUGUUCAUUGCUGGCGCUUGUUGAAAACGAGCUUUCUUUCCGAUGAUGAAGCUUCAUUUUUGAAGUGUUGAAGCUGUGCUCCCUUAAAUUAAGUUGUGGCAGGAGAGGAGAUUAAGGUAAUUACCACACUCAGUUUUAUGUCUUACAAGCACUUUGGUUUUGUCUCUGCAAGAAAAUACCAUUCCAGUCAUUUCUCUCAAAACAUAGACAUUUUUACCAACAUAAUAGGCUUUGAUUGACACAGCAUUAUGCUUUGGGCAGUAUUACAAAAUAGCUGGCAAGUGCUUUCUGUAUUUAAAUAUUGUAAAAAGAAAAUAAGUUAUAACUGUUAUAAAGCAGGACUUUUUGUUGGCAUUUUUUAAAUGUUGAUGUUACUUUGUAUGUUCGUUUGGUCAAUGUUUCUGCAGUAUUUAUUAAAACAUACUUUUUUUUUCUUCGAAUAAAAAUGUAACCACG